CUCUUCGGCACGAUGAGAAUCUCAGUGAACGCCCCUCUGCAUCACGUGAUUUCGCUCAGUUCAUCUGUAAGAUGAAUCAUCUAAAGAACCUGACACUCGACGGUCGGUAUCAUGAUGACUUCUACUCAACAUCAUCGUCGAUGGCAUCAACUACACAGAUUGAGACUCUUCGGCACGAUGAGAAUCUCAGUGAACGCCCCUCUGCAUCACGUGAUUUCGCUCAGUUCAUCUGUAAGAUGAAUCAUCUAAAGAACCUGACACUCGACGGUCGGUAUCAUGAUGACUUCUACUCAACAUCAUCGUCGAUGGCAUCAACUACACAGAUUGAGACUCUUUGGCACGAUACGGAUCUCAGUGAACGCCCCUCUGCAUCACGUGAUUUCGCUCAGUUCAUCUGUAAGAUGAAUCAUCUUAAGAACCUGACACUCAGUGGUAGCUAUCAUGAUGACUUCUACUCAAUAUCAUCGUCGAUGGCAUCAACUACAAAGAUUGAGACUCUUCGGCACGAUGAGAAUCUCAGUGAACGCCCCUCUGCAUCACGUGAUUUCGCUCAGUUCAUCUGUAAGAUGAAUCAUCUUAAGAACCUGACACUCAGUGGUAGCUAUCAUGAUGACUUCUACUCAACAUCACUGUCGAUGGCAUCAACUACACAGAUUGAGACUCUUCAUGACGGGUGUAAGAAUCUCAAUGAACGCCCCUCUGCAUCACGUGAUUUCGCUCAGUUCAUCUGUAAGAUGAAUCAUCUUAAGAACCUGACACUCAGUGGUAGCUAUCAUGAUGACUUCUACUCAACAUCAUCGUCGAUGGCAUCAACUAAACAGAUUGAGACUCUUGAGCACGAUGAGGAUCUCAGUGAACGCCCCUCUGCAUCACGUGAUUUCGCUCAGUUCAUAUAUAAGAUGAAUCAUCUUAAGACGCUGACACUCGAUGGUAGCUAUCAUGAUGACUUCUACUCAACAUCACUGUCGAUGGCAUCAACUAAACAGAUUGAGACUCUUGGGCACAAUGAGGAUCUCAGUGAACGCCCCUCUGCAUCACGUGAUUUCGCUCAGUUCAUCUGUAAGAUGAAUCGUCUGAAGAACCUGACACUCGCUGGUAGCUAUCAUGAUGACUUCUACUCAACAUCAUCAUCGAUGGCAUCAGCUACAAAGAUCGAGACUCUUGAUGACCGGUUUACGAAUAUCAGUGAACGCCCCUCUGCAUCACGUGAUUUUGCUCAGUUCAUCUGUAAGAUGAAUCAUCUGAAGAACCUCACACUUGGUGGUAGCUAUCAUGAUGACUUCUACUCAACAUCAUCGUCAAUGGCAUUAACUACAAAGAUUGAGACUCUUGAUGACCGGUGUGAGAACCUCAGUGAACGCCCCUCUGCAUCACGUGAUUUUGCUCAGUUCAUCUGUAAGAUGAAUCAUCUGAAGAACCUCACACUUGGUGGUAGCUAUCAUGAUGACUUCUACUCAACAUUAUCGUCGAUGGCAUCAACUACAAAGGAUGACUGCAACGCGAGCUCAAAUGUGACUGAUCUGACCGUUAUAUCUAAGACACUAGAAAGAUGGCAGGAUUGUGGGUCGAUUUUUGACAAUGUGAAGAGGAUUACCAUACAGGUAUGGGACAUGAUCAGAUGUGACUUCAUCCAGAGGAUCCAUCAACCAGCAGUGACAGAACUCGCCAUUCAAACAGAUGACUUUGCUGAUGAACCGGCUUCUCUCCACGAUGAUCGCACUUCACUACCCAAUGCUCUCCACAAGGUCUCAUCUCAGCUUGUCAAGGUUACAUUCAGAAAUCUCGACAUUGGUAACAAUCAGACCGAACGCAUCAUUCAAGCUUUCAGAUCAACAUACGAUCUCAAACAUCUGAGGAUUCUAAGAUUCAUAAGAUGUGGGACUGAUAAGAGCUUCGAUUCUUCUUGUAUUGACUCCAAUGAUGAACAUAAGAUUACUGUGCAGAUAGAACAUGGCAAACCUGUUGGGUAA